CCAACUCACUCUCAGGACCCCAGCCAGGGAAGAUGGCGGCGCCCGAACAAAUCGCCGGGGAGUUUGAAAACUGGCUGAAUGAGCGGCUGGACUCGCUUGAAGUUGACCGAGAAGUUUACGGAGCUUAUAUACUUGGGGUGCUUCAGGAGGAGGAGAGCGAUGAAGAGCAAAAGGACGCUCUUCAAGGCAUUCUGUCCGCUUUUCUGGAAGAAGAGACGCUUGAGGAGGUUUGCCAAGAGAUCUUGAAACAGUGGACAGAGUGCUGUAGCAGAUCUGCAGCAAAGAGCGAUCAGGCGGAUGCUGAAGUUCAGGCCAUUGCUAGUCUGAUAGAGAAGCAGGCACAGAUUGUGGUCAAACAGAAGGAGGUGUCAGAAGAUGCCAAGAAGAGGAAAGAGGCUGUUCUUGCUCAAUAUGCCAAUGUCACAGACGACGAAGAUGAAGCUGAAGAGGAGGAGCAAGUCCCAGUGGGGAUACCCAGUGACAAAUCCCUGUUCAAAAACACCAAUGUGGAGGAUGUUUUGAAUCGCCGCAAACUGCAGCGUGACCAGGCCAAGGAAGAUGCACAGAAGAAGAAAGAGCAGGACAAGAUGCAACGUGAAAAAGACAAACUGUCCAAGCAGGAGCGCAAGGACAAAGAGAAGAAACGCACACAGAAGGGAGAGCGCAAGAGAUAGAAUAUAGACGCAGAGGAAAACUGCAGGAAAGCUUUUGUAGACUGUAUAAAACCAAGGUUAUUUUAUCUAGAGGAGAAAACUACGAUGAGCAAACAGUGUCCCAACUCAUAAUGUUAUAACGUAUGCAUCCAUAUUUAGUUUUGUAUCUGAAAUUGUUUAUUGUUUGAUAAUAUAGGGCCUAAUGAGCUACUCUAUUGGCUUGUACAAUAACCUAUAACAGUCCAGCAAACAGCGAAAAAUUUGCCAUAACCCUUAUUCAAUAUUUACAGGUGCUAACUGCUAUUUGUUAUGGUUAUGAACCCACAACACUUCCAUUCAUCAUAGGAAUGUAGAUGAUAUAUAUCAAACCUGGGAGAUUGAUGUCCCUACAGUGAAUUAAAACCCUGAAGCUUUAUAAAGUUUGUAACAAAAAUUCAUAUGAAUCAAACUCUUCAGAGGAGACAUAAUUACUUGCUAGCUUAAAUUUAGGAUUUAUUAUUACAACAACAACUGCUUGACCCACAAGAACAAACCUCAUGGGUUCUUGCAAACAUGAUUGAGCUUCCGUGACCAAAUUUAAAUGCAGUAUUUGUAAAUGAAUGAAAGCUUCAGUUUAAGUCUGUUAAUUAUAUGAAGUGACUGUGACCAAUACAGAUUUCACAUUUCAUCUCAUUUUGAAGAGUUAAGAGUUUUGGUUGAACAGAUUUGCAGUGGAUGGACAGAAAUCCUCAUUUGCAUUCUAAAUAUUAACAAUUUGUUACAUAUUGUAGAUGAGUAAAUAUAUCAUUUGAAUUUUUUGAUAAACUAACCCUUUAAUGACAAAAUCUCUAGCAGAUCAAAAACAUGUUCAAGUCACAUUUUAACCCGACAUCUAAAAUAAUAUUUAGCUUUAUGAACAUUUUACCAUAAAUCUCACUACUGCAGUGCUUGGCCUAAGUUUUAAUUUUAUUUGUUAAAAUGUUUAUGGUGUAAAGAUGUGACUUUUACAUGUUUUCUGUAAGAUUCACUCUUAAAUUGUUACCAGCAGAUAAUCAACACAUUGUCUAAAAUCUCUUUAUUAUUGCCCUGUGUUUUUUUUUAAAUAGUCAGUGAACAUGUAUCUCUCUCUCUCCAUUUAAUACAUGCUAACUCAAGAUACAAAGAUAUAUUUAUUGAGCUCACAAGCUUUUUCACAAUAACAUAAAACCAAUAGAAGCCUUCUUGUUGUGUAGCAAUAUAUGGAGAGGGCUAAGAGACGACCCAAAGACAUAAUCACAACUGCUAAUCAUUGCUAAAUGGGGACAUGUGUAGUUUGUUUAAAGUUCAUUGGUGUCAACAAACAGCUCUUGUUAGACAUUUCUGUAUUUUUGUUAUAGGGCAGUGAACUUCUAUAAGGGUAUGUUUGUGUGCAUAUAUAUGAAUUGACAACUGUUUGUAUGAAGCUGCUACAUUUUGUGCCAAUACCUUGUAGACUGCCUUUACAUAUACUACAAUGGGCUGCACUGUAGGCAAAGUGAUAUCUCUUAAACUUGUCUAGUAGCUUAUACGAUCAAGUGGUUUAAGAUUUUUACUAUCAGAACUUCGAUAUUUAACAUUUUGUAUGCUAAAACAUCC